UGGCGCUGUUGCACCAUUUUGUUGUGCGUCACCCACAGCGAGAAACGAACAAGAACUAGAAGGGAAGAAGGACGAGAAACAAACGCGGCCAUGACGGACCUCGGCAUCAAAGCGGGAGACAGGGUGAUGAUGGUGUGGGAUCAACCCUCGUCACCCUCAAACCUGAAAGAACUAGCGGAGGAUGUCGGAGCAAUUGUUGGUGCAGAUGGGAAAGUGGCAGUGGAAAAUAUGGAGAGACUUUUGAUAUCCACGCACAGAGCGUCCACCUUUGACUGGGUCAUCUCCUGCCUUCUGGAAGACAGUGCUUCAAUCCACACUUCAGAGGCUCUGGAAGAAAUGGCUCGAGUGCUCAAACCUGGUGGGAAGAUCGUUCUGGAUGAACCAGUUACAGGAGUUGAGAACCAGACCAUCAGGACGGCUGAGAAGCUAAAAUCGGCUCUGAAAUUAUCUGGCUUCAUGUCAGUUUUAGAGCUGCAGAAAUCAGAACUGAGUCCGGAGGUGAGCAACUCCAUCAGGACGGCCACAGGUUACCAUGGAAACACUCUGUCUAAAGUCCGCAUCUCUGCUUCUAAACCAAACUUUGAGGUGGGGUCAUCCAGUCAGAUUAAACUGUCGUUUGGCAAACAGAAGUCCAAACCUGAGAAACCGGUUCUGGAUCCAAACACGGUCCAACUGUGGACACUUUCUGCCAGUGACAUUAACGAUGAUGAUGUGGAUUUAGUGGAUUCUGAUGCUCUGCUGGAUGAGGAGGACUUAAAGAAGCCUGAUCCAGCUUCUCUAAGAGUGAAUGCCUGUGGAGGUUCCACAAAGAAGAAAGCAUGCAAGAACUGCACGUGUGGUCUUGCUGAGGAACUGGAGGCCAAAGAAAACAAAACCUCAGAUCUACCAAAGUCUGCUUGUGGAAGUUGUUACCUUGGUGACGCAUUCCGAUGUGCCAGCUGCCCGUACUUGGGGAUGCCAGCGUUCAAACCUGGGGAGAAAAUUGUCCUUGACAACACAGUGAUGGACGCCUGAAACUUUGACAUCAUUCGAAAUAUGACAUUCUAUCAUCUUCCUGGACCGUAAAACCUCUUUGAACUUUUGUGGGAAUGUGACCGAUUUCUAUCAACAUUUUCAUGUAUCUCUGGGAACUAGCUUAAAAUUGAUAGACGACACUGACGUCUCCUCCACCGUGAGUAAAAAUGUUAUGUUAGUAAGUCCUGUUUUUAUUGUGAGAAUUCGCUGAAGGAUUUGUAAGAACCUGAACAAGAAAAUUGAUACAUAUUGUAACAUGAAGAAAAUCCAGUUAUACAGUUUCUUAUCGCUCUCGUUAGUUCAGUUUAACAGUUGUCAGUAGUGAACGUUUCAGAGUGCACCACCAGCUGCACAAUAAAAUGCACCACCUCGUGGCAAAAUAUGCAGAGCAUCGUAGGCUAUUGCCAAUAUUAGACACUGAAAUAACCACAAUAUACUGUGGUUAUUGUGUGCAGAAACUAUAACUAUACCAGCUGUGAUUCCAGCAAAUUAUCUAACAAAUUGACGACAGACUACUAGCUGCGCGCUGCUAUGAAAGACACUGAAAAUUUACUCCAUAGCAACUACUGUUUAGAGUAUGUUUGAACCUGUACACUUAAGGAAUUACAAAAUCUGCUCUAUGUACAGAAAUAAAACUCAUGAAUUGCAAUGGACAAU